CAGAGAACUCAGAAGGAAUUAUGGGUAUAACCUUCCAAAGCACGCACAGAGUGAUUUGGCUUUUCCAACCUGCUGAAAUUUGCAGCAUCUCCCCAAGCAAAACCACCAGCUGCAGACCAAGUGUGCAAGAAGAGAGCUUUGUGGUGGGCACGGUGCAGACCCAAAACUAUACUAGUAAGGAAGGAAAAAAAAUUAAUCAACUGGGAACAAUGAAGUCCCUCUCCUUCAUGCUUGCUGGUGUCAUCCACCUUUUAUCCCUGGGCUCUGGAAAAGCCAUAUGCAAGGAUGACAUUCCUCAGAGAACAUUUCAAGAAAUAAAAAAAGAAAUAGCCAGCUAUGAAGAUGUCGCUAAAGCAAUUAUCAACCUUGCUGUUUAUGGUAAACACCAGAACCGGUCCUAUGAGCGCUUGGGACUUCUAGUCGACACUGUCGGGCCCAGGAUGAGUGGGUCUAAGAGCCUAGAGAAAGCUAUCCAAAUCAUGUACCAGAACCUACAGGACGAUGGUCUGGAGAAUGUCCACCUGGAGCCGGUCAAAAUACCCCACUGGGAGAGGGGAGAAGAAUCUGCGUUGAUGUUGCUGCCGAGAAUUCACAAGAUGUCUAUUCUGGGUCUUGGCAGCAGUGUUGGGACUCCCCCAGGAGGCAUUACAGCAGAAGUACUGGUAGUGACCUCUUUUGAUGAACUCCAAAGAAGGGCAUCAGAGGCAAGAGGGAAGAUCAUUGUUUAUAAUCAGCCCUACAUCAACUAUGGGAUGACAGUACAAUACCGUGUGCUUGGAGCCGUGGAGGCUGCCAAGGUGGGGGCUGUGGCAUCCCUCAUCCGAUCAGUGGCUUCCUUUUCCAUCUACAGCCCUCACACAGGUAUUCAGAGAUAUGAAGAUGGUGUGCCCAAGAUUCCGACAGCCUGUAUCACAGUGGAAGACGCAGAAAUGAUGUCACGCAUGGCGUCUCGUGGGAACAAAAUUGUCGUUCACCUGGAGAUGGGAGCAAAGACCUACCCGGAUGCGGACUCAUUCAACACUGUAGCGGAGAUCACUGGGAGCAGGUACCCAGAGCAAGUUGUACUGGUCAGUGGCCAUCUGGACAGCUGGGAUGUUGGGCAGGGCGCCAUGGAUGACGGUGGUGGAGCCUUCAUAUCAUGGGAAGCACUGUCACUCGUUAAAGAUCUUGGGCUGCGUCCAAAGAGAACUCUACGCCUGGUGCUCUGGACAGCGGAAGAGCAAGGUGGAGUUGGUGCCUCCCAGUAUUACGAGCAACAUAAGGCAAAUAUAUCCGACUACAGUCUGGUGAUGGAGUCUGACUCAGGGACCUUCUUACCCACUGGGCUGCAGUUCACCGGCAGUGACAGAGCCAGAGCUAUCAUGAAGGAGGUCAUGAAUCUGCUGCAGCCCCUCAAUGUCACCAACCUCUUCAGCGAUGGAGAAGGGACAGAUAUUGACUUCUGGAUUCAAGCUGGAGUGCCUGGAGCCAGUCUGCGUGAUGAUGACUUAUACAAAUAUUUCUCCUUCCAUCAUACCCACGGAGACACCAUGACUGCCGUGGAUCCAAAGCAGAUGAAUGUGGCUGCUGCUAUUUGGGCUGUUGUUGCCUAUGUCGUUGCAGACAUGGAAGAAAUGCUACCCAGGUCCUGAGGAGAACAAGAAGGAAGGUCCUUGCUCUCUUUAGCUGGGAAUCCUGGCAUCGUCAAGAUACCCAUCUUCAAAACACAGGGUUGAGCACUUCAUCUACAGGGCACAGCUUUCUUCACACCCUCUGUUAAUCAUCUUUCCUGGAUACUGUCUCACCUGUUCCUACAAUAAGGCAUGAUCCUCACUACUCCACAGAAUCAGCACACUGUAGGCAAUCAUUAUCAAGGCAUUUCCUUAUACCACUUUGAAGACAUAUUGUUUCCCACUUUGAAAAUAAACAAAUCCGUGAAAAGCC